CUGGCGCUCCGCAACCUCCACCUGCGGCGGCAGCGGGGGGCUGGCGGCCCCGGCCCCUGCCCGGCCCCCUCCCCCAGCCCCAUGCCUCGGCCCUAACCCCGCCGCCCUCCCCUGCGGAGGGCGCUUCCCCGCGCCCCCUGCCCGCCCCGUCCACGCCGGGCGCCAUGAACGACCAGUACCACCGCGCGGCCAGGGAUGGCUAUCUGGAAUUGCUCAAGGAGGCCACCCGGAAGGAGCUGAACGCCCCCGACGAGGAUGGCAUGACCCCCACGCUCUGGGCCGCCUACCACGGCAACCUGGAGUCGCUGCGUCUCAUCGUGAGCCGCGGGGGGGACCCGGACAAAUGUGACAUCUGGGGCAACACGCCCCUGCAUCUGGCAGCUGCCAAUGGCCACCUGCACUGCCUGUCCUUCCUGGUGUCCUUUGGGGCCAACAUCUGGUGCCUGGAUAACGACUACCACACGCCGCUGGACAUGGCCGCCAUGAAGGGCCACAUGGAGUGUGUACGUUACCUGGAUUCGAUCGCGGCCAAGCAGAGCAGCCUCAGCCCCAAGCUGGUGGGCAAGCUGAAGGACAAGGCCUUCCGCGAGGCGGAGCGGCGCAUCCGCGAGUGCGCCAAACUGCAGCGCAAGCACCACGAGCGUAUGGAGCGGCGCUACCGGCGCGAGCUGGCCCAGCGCUCCGACACGCUCAGCUUCUCCAGCCUCACGUCCAGCACGCUGAGCCGCCGGCUGCAGCACAUGGCGCUGGGCAGCCCCCUGCCCUACUCGCAGGCCACGCUGCACGGCACGGCCAGGGGCAAGACCAAGAUCCAGAAGAAGCUGGAACGGCGCAAGCAGGGCGGCGGCGAGGGUACCUUCAAGGUCUCCGAGGACGGGCGCAAAAGUGUGCGCUCGCUCUCGGGCCUGCAGCUGGGCAGCGAUGUGAUGUUCGUGCGCCCGGGCACCCACGCCAACCCCAAGGAGUGGGGCCGCGCCCCACUCCGGGAUAUGUUCCUAUCGGACGAGGACAGCGUCUCCCGUGCCACGCUGGCGCCCGAGCCCGCCCACUCGGAGGUCAGCACCGACUCCGGCCACGACUCUCUCUUUACCCGCCCCGGCCUGGGCACCAUGGUCUUCCGCAGGAACUACCUGAGCAGCGGGCUGCAUGGGCUGGGCCGCGGCGAGGACUUGGGACUGGACGCCGCGGCGGGCACGCUGCGGGGCCGUCUGCGGAGCUCUCCUAGCCUGGACGACGACAGUCUGGGCAGUGCCAACAGCCUGCAGGAGCGCAGCUGCGGGGAGGAGUUGCCCUGGGAUGAGUUGGACCUGGGCCUGGACGAGGACCUAGAGCCCGAGACGAGCCCGCUCGACACCUUCCUGGCCUCUUUGCACAUGGAGGAUUUUGGUGCCCUCCUGCGACAGGAAAAGAUCGACUUGGAGGCGCUCAUGUUGUGCUCCGACCUCGACCUCCGCAGCAUCAGCGUGCCCCUGGGACCCCGCAAGAAGAUCCUGGGCGCCGUGCGCAGGCGCAGGCAGGCGCUGGAGCGCCCGCCCGCCCUGGAGGACACGGAGCUGUAAUCCGGGGCUUCUCUCCCCAGACCAAAACGGAUUGCAAGGUGCCACAAGCCACAGUGUGGGGGUCCAAGGGCCUCCUCUGUUGCCAGCCCGGUGCUCCUACCCUUGCCUGGGAGCAAGGACCACAUAGGAGAAGCCUGUCCACUCUCACACCCCUGAGCUGCCCUAUUACCUGGAGGUGAAUGCAAGUCCAGCCCCAGAGGGAGGGCAGCUCCAGAUGACGUCAGAGCUGGACGGGAGCAGAGGGGCUGGUGGGGGGUGGGCAUACACUUGCUCCAGGCUGCCAUUGUCUUGCCUACCUGUCCCCCCACCCCUUGUCUACUUCCUCUGUUGUUUUGUGAAAGGAAGAGUUUGGGCUGCCUCCCCUUCCCCGUGCACCCCAAAGGGGGAGUCCCCAGCACACUCUUUAGCCAAAAGUACCCACUUUCAGUUUCACUCCCCCACCUCCACCCUGCCACCCAGCACAGGGCCGUGGCCAGGAGGGGGUGGGGGUGAUGGCACCCUUCCCAGCUCACCCUGGGGGGGUUGGGCAGAGUUAGGUUGCCUGCAGCCCCACCCCACCCCUGCCAUGCCCUCCUCCAACCUCCCCCUCCUGCCCUAGGGCCAGGAUGCUGAACAUCAGGUGCCAGAAACCCCGGCUGCAGUAUUAAGGCCCCCAGGCCUGGAGGACACCUGCUGGGCUGGAGUGAGACGC